AAAACAAAAUAGGCGGGGACUGGCUGGCUUUGGAAAGUUGUCAAUAACUAUGAGAGAAAAGUUUUGGGUAUAGAGAGAAGCAAACGCUGUAUGCUGCGCGAUAGGUCACCCUGGCAUGGAUUACGUUACUAGCUUCACCGGGAGGAGCGGCCGGGUGCUGAAGGGCACGGCUAACAGGCUAUGGCUCGGGUUGCGAGAGGUUCAUUUUCAAGACUACCUAAAGGAAGGCGUCAUGCAUGACUCGCCGCCGGACAGCCCAGAUGAGUUGCACCCUCUGCCCUCAGAUACUGGACAAAAGAAGACCCUAGAGAAGAAAGAUGGGAGACGAAUGUCCUUUCAGAAGCCAAAGGGAACCAUGGAAUAUACAGUGGAAUCAAGGGAUUCAUUAAACAGCAUAGCCCUUAAAUUUGAUACAACACCAAAUGAGCUGGUUCAGCUAAAUAAAUUGUUUGCUCGAGCUGUUGUCCCAGGACAGCUUUUAUAUGUACCAGAUCCAGACUACAUUUCCAGCGUGGAAAGUUCACCUUCUCUAAGUCCAAUAAGCCCUCUGUCACCAACUUCUUCAGAAAUUGAAUUCGAGAAAAGUAUUGAUCCAGAUGGCAUCCACCACAAGGAGUCAACUUCCUCCCCCGCCUAUGCUGCCAUUCGGCCAUCCAGAGUUGUGUCAUCCACAUCUGAAGAGGAGGAGGCAUUUACAGAGAAGUUCCUAAAAAUUAACUGCAAGUACAUUACAGAUGGAAAGGGAACCGUGAGUGGUGUGCUCCUUGUGACUCCAAAUAACAUAAUGUUUGAUCCCCAUAAAACUGAUCCUCUUGUUCAAGAAAAUGGUUGUGAAGAAUAUGGCAUUAUGUGUCCAAUGGAAGAGGUGACCUCAGGAGCUAUGUACAAAGACAUAGUUAACCGCAAGCUAAAGGACUCUAUUCCUGUAGAUGUAGAACAACUUUGUAUUAGAGAUUUCUGCCAUUUAAAGAAAAUGUCACAGGGUAAUACAAAUGAAAUAGAGGGAAAAAUUUGGGAUACAGGAAACGACAGUGCCAGCACAGCCCCACGGAGCACAGAAGAGUCACUUUCUGAAGAUGUGUUUACUGAAUCUGAGCUUUCUCCAAUUCGGGAAGAAUUUCAUUCUUCAGAUGAACUAAGGCAGGAUAAGUCAUCAGGGGCCUCGUCAGAGUCCGUUCAAACUAUUAACCAGACUGUUGUAGAAUGUCCUUCAGCAAACAUUUCAGACUCUGUUAAUGAUGCAGGUGAUGUCGAAACAAAACAUGAACAAUCUGGUAAUGACAGUGGUAUUGCUAGUAAUGCCAACGAUAUGGAAACUUCCUUAAAGUCGGAUGAAGACUUAGAUAAACAACUUACAGAAUCUACUGCAAUAUUAUCAAAUGUCAGUGAGGACAGCAAAGAAAGGGACAGUUCGCAAUUACACACUGGAGAAGAUGAGAGAACGUCGAACAGUGACCAAAUCAGGGACCAAAAACUUUGCACAGAAGAGGCUACCAUGAGUAGCCACAUAAAUGAUACAAACCAGGAAGAUCUUUUAAAGAAGUUCUCAGGAGAUUCAGAAAAUGAAGCGGAGGAGCUGCGCAAACUGUGGAAAACACUAACUAUGCAACAAGCCAAACAGCAGAGGGAAACCAUGCAACAUGAGACACAGAAAGAAGCAAUGCAGAAACUGUCAGCCACAGAAACAAAUACUGAAGGUGUAUGUUCAGCUUUUGCCAAAGAAAAAAGAAGACAUCGAUCUCAUAAGUAUUUGUGUCUAAGGGUUGGAAAGCCAAUGAGAAAAACAUUUGUGUCCCAAGCAAGUGCAUCAAUGCAGCAGUAUGCUCAGAGAGAUAAACUUGAAUACUGGUUUGCUGUUCCACAUGAGCGGACCGAUCACCUGUACUCCUUUUUUAUUCAGUGGAGUCCAGACAUAUAUGCUGAAGAAACGGGGGAAUCUGCGCGAGAGCCAGGGUUUGUAGUGGUAAAAAAAAAUGAGGAGCCUGAAACCUUUGAGUAUUCGCCAAAUGACUCAGCUGCAAGAUUGUGGGAGGUAGUAUCAGUGGCUGAGUACCACCGCAGGAUCGAUGCUCUAAAUACUGAAGAACUGCGCACUCUCUGCAGACGUCUCAAGAUCACCACAAGAGAAGACGUGAACCCUAGACAGGCCACAAGCAUUAAGGCCGAUCUGGAGCCUGAAGCUUUUCGACCAAAUCUCAGUGAUCCAAGCUUACUUUUGCAAGUUGACCAAAUUGAAAAGCUUAGUAAACAUCUUCCGCCCAGAACAAUUGGAUAUCCAUGGACGCUGGUCUACAGUACUGCUAAACAUGGAAUGAGCAUAAAAACUCUGUACAGGACAAUGCAAGGAUUAGACACCCCAGUACUGCUGGUGAUUAAAGAUAGUGAUGCACAGAUUUUUGGUGCAUUGGCAUCUGAACCAUUUAAAGUAAGCGAUGGCUUUUAUGGUACCGGGGAAACCUUUUUAUUUACAUUCUGUCCAGAAUUUCAGGUCUUUAAAUGGACAGGAGAUAAUAUGUUUUUCAUUAAAGGAGAUAUGGAUUCGUUAGCAUUUGGUGGAGGAGGAGGAGAAUUCGCUCUUUGGCUUGAUGGUGAUCUCUAUCACGGGAGAAGUCACACAUGUAAAACAUUUGGAAAUUCUACACUUUCUAAGAAAGAAGAUUUCAUUGUUCAAGAUAUAGAAAUUUGGGCGUUUGAAUAAAUAUAUCUGUAUAUAACCAUAUAAAUAUAUAGGCACAAAACACACAGAGAACUGUCUCUGCUGACUAAUUCCUCAUCCCUUUACAGGUGUGAAGUAUUUUAAGCUAAUGUCCUGCAGCUUAUUAAUAUACUCCAUUUUAAUAUAUAUGUAUUUUUGUUAAUAUUUAAACAUAGAUAUUUUUUAUUUUCGGUAGAGAUAAAUAUUUUCAGAAAAAUAAUUUAAUUUUUUUUUUUUUUUUAAAUAAAGAAUGCUCUUUGGUUUGCUCCAUAAGUAAAUGCAUAUCGUAAAUAAUUGGGUAACAUAUUUUCAUGUUUUAAGCUGUAGGUCUAAAACCAAUGCUGCAGAUUUUCACAAUUCCUUGUAACUCCUACCUAAACAGUAAAUAUUAACACCAAAUUUGAAAGUGUUCUUUUCAGCUGUGCUUUGGGCUUUUUCAGAUUAAACAACUUCUAAAAAGAAAAAAACAUUUUAUACAAGCAAAAUAUUGAUAUUGAUCUGUUUUUUUGGGGGGCUCAGACAAGCUCAAGGCAAAUAGCUUACUACUACCCCUAAAAAGAAUAUUCCUGUAGAAAAAUAAGACAGUCACAAUUUGUAUUGAGUGAUUAUAUGUUGUACAUUAGUACCAAAUAUGACAAAAUGGUUGAUGUGUAUAAGUAGAUAAUAUUGUAACUUGUAUUAUUUGUUGAUUCUGCAAACUAACGUGACCCCGAGGAACAAAUACAGUCUAGACUUCAUCAGUAGCUGUUUUGUAGACAAAUAAGCCUUUGUGCAAUAAUGGCUCAUCAAAACACUUUCAAUGACAAAGCUUAUAUUCUGUGUUAUGCAAGUUAAUUGCUGUUAUAAAUGUGACAGUGACUUAUUUUUGUGCUGAAAAUUCAGAUAAACAUGUAUAUUAUUUUGUAAAUUAAUGUUGAAAGUUAAUUUGUUCUUAUAGGAAGUGUUGAUGAACGGGUUGCUUAUAGCACUUUAAAUUAUUUUCAAUAUAAAAAAAGCCAAAUGGAAUGGCUUUAUGUAGGCUUAAAUGUACAGCACCUGGAAAUAUUAAUUUAAAAAUAAAUAAAUGAAACUUAUUGCUUUGGUAUUAAAGGGAAGACAUUCUAUCUCUCAUGCUGAAUGUGAAUAGAAAUACAGGGCAUCAUUUUUCUGUGUAUAUAGUUCAUUGCUCUUAGAAUUUAGAUUAAAUGUUUACAGAUUAGGAUAAAAUGUAAAUAUAUUAGAGCAGCAUUUCACCCUUUUUGGUCUUCCACAGCACUAUUAUUGUCUUUGUGGAUUUAAGACUAUUACUAAUCCUGUAAUGGAUUUUAAGUACUAUAAGGUCAUAGUGAUAUUAUAAAUAUAUGUAUAAAUAUAUAUAUAUAGAAAAUAAAAAAAUAAAUUCAUGUACAAUAAA